UCAGGGUGCUGCCCGCACGUACUAAGGAGAGAAUAGAGCCUGCAUGGGGUAUUCCUUACACAGGUUCCAGGGCUACUUGCCCCUGGCUUCCAAAUUCACCAUAUUCCGGGGUUUCUAAGGCAAAUCUCUGAUCGGGACAUAGGCAAUAAUUUCAAAGGAGCUAAGAUCCUAUCAUCAGUCGAUGCUGGACUGAGGAUAGUGUUGGGAUAGGCCAGCCUGAGCCAUGGCUCAUGGGAAGAAACCAGGGAAGAUCACCAGAAUCCUGGGACCCAGCCCUUCGUCGUGCCCAGGAGGAUCCAUAGAAAAGAAGCCAGGGACUAUUAGGAGAAUAUUGGCCCCCAGCUCUCCGCCCAGCCCGGGUCCCACAGGAUCCACAGAGGAGUCUAAUGAAGGACCUCAUGAUGAAGGACCUCAGAAAGAAAGACCACAGAGUUUGAGGAGUAAGGGCCCUCCACCCUGCCCUGACCCCCUAUCCACAGGGGAGCCUACUGAUGAAGAACCCUGGGGUCUGAGCAGCAAAGGCCCAACUGAAAGACUACAUGAUGGAACUCAGAGUCUGAAGAGUGAAGGCCCUCCUCAGCACUCGCAGAGCACCAGCAAUGAGGAGCUGGACAAUAACAAUGAUGAGAGGACCCCUGGGCCUGCAGCACCUGUUAGUCCAACACAUGCCCGCCCAUCCCAGGCCUACAGCAAAAUUACUCAGGCCCAGAACUACCCUCUGCAGUCAGACGCCCAGGCCCAGAACUACCCUCAGCAUAACAAGCCUCGGAUUCCUCGUUAA